AUGUGCUUCAGUGUCUUGGUUGAUAUAUUCUGUAAGGAAGGGAUGGUUGUGGAAGCCAAAAGUGUGGUUGACAUGAUGAUUCAAAGAGGAAUUGAACCUAAUGCGAUUACAUACAGUUCCCUUAUGGAUGGUUACUGUUUGCGAGGAGAAAUGGACGAGGCGAAACUAGUCUUUGAUAUGAUGAUUAGCAAGGGAUUCAUGGUUAAUGUUUGGAGUUGUAACAUAUUAAUUAAUGGAUAUUGCAAGGGUAAAAAGAUCGAUCAGGCUAACAAAAUUUUCAUGGGAAUGCGUCGUUUGGAACUUGUUCCUGAUAUCGUUACUUAUAACACUCUUAUUGAUGGUCUUUGCAAAGCGGGGAGAAUUCAAGAAGCAGAAGAGUUGUUCUCUGAGAUGCAAGGUUGUGGCCAACUUCCAAAUGGUCAAACUUACGCUGUGAUACUUGAUGGCCUGUGUAACAAUCAGCAACUUUCUACGGCAAUAGAAUUGCUUAAAGAGAUGGAAGCCAACAAAUUGGAGCUUGAUAUAGUAGUUUACAAUGUUGUCAUUGAAGGUUUGUGCAAAGCUGAAAAAAUUGAACCUGCAAGAGAUGUCUUCUCUUGCUUAUCAGCAAAAGGAGUUCAGCCUAAUGUGAGAACAUACACUAUAAUGAUUCAGGGCCUUUGUCAUCAUGGCUUAAUAAUUGAAGCAGAAAAGUUGCUGAGAGAAAUGGGAGGGAAAGGAUGUUCUCCAAAUGGUUGCACCUAUAACACCAUUAUCCAAGGUUUUAUCAAUAACAAGGAGACAUCAAGGGCUACGAGACUUAUUCAAGAAAUGCUUGAGAGGGGUUUCUCUGCAGAUGCAUCAACUAUGGAAAUGACUGUUGAUUUAUUGUCGAAGGAUACAGUAGAUCCUGGUUUAUUAGCAUUGCUUAAAGAUUCAGUCUGA